UCCUCCUUUCCUCCUUCCCGCCCGCCCCCGAGCCAUGGCGAGCGGGACCAGGGACGUUCGGAAGCUCUUCAUCUUCACCACGACCCAGAACUACUUCGGGCUGGCGUCGGAGCCCGGGGACCAGUCGCCGCUGCACGACUGCCUUGAAGUCAACAACUUCUUGGACGACGGCAACCAGAUGCUCCUCCGGGUGCAGCGACCCGACGCCGGACUCGCCUUCUCCAACACGAUUGAAUUUGGUGACACAAAAGAUAAAGUGCUGGUGUUUUUCAAGCUGCGUCCUGAAGUAAUUACUGACGAAAAUCUACAUAAUAACAUUCUUGUUUCGUCUAUGUUAGAGUCACCUAUUAGUUCUCUUUACCAAGCAGUACGGCAAGUAUUUGCACCUAUGUUGUUAAAGGAUCAGGAAUGGAGCAGAAAUUUUGAUCCUAAACUUCAGAAUCUUUUGAGUGAACUAGAAGCUGGUUUGGGUAUAGUUUUACGAAGAUCAGACACUAACUUAUCAAAACUGAAAUUUAAGGAAGAUGAUACACGAGGAAUUCUUACACCAAGUGAUGAGUUCCAGUUUUGGAUAGAGCAAGCUCAUCGUGGGAGUAAACAGAUUAAUAAAGAGCGAGCCAGUUAUUUUAAAGAAUUAUUUGAAACAAUUGCAAGAGACUUUUGUAACUUGGACAGUCUUUCCUUGUUAGAAGUUGUUGACUUGGUGGAGACUACUCGUGAUGUUGUAGACGAUGUGUGGAGACAGACAGAACAUGAUCAUUACCCUGAGGCACGGAUGCUGCAUCUCUUAGACGUCAUAGGUGGUUCAUUUGGAAGAUUUGUUCAGAAAAAAUUGGGAACUUUGAACCUUUGGAAAGAUCCUUAUUAUCUUGUGAAAGAAAACCUAAAAGCUGGUAUUUCAAUUUGUGAACAGUGGGUGAUCGUCUGUAACCAUCUAACAGGUCAGGUGUGGCAACGCUAUGUUCCUCAUCCAUGGAAAAAUGAAAAAUAUUUCCCAGAAACACUUGACAAACUGGGCAAACGCCUUGAAGAGGUCUUGGCUGUUAGAACAAUUCAUGAGAAGCUUCUCUAUUUUUUACCUGCCAGUGAAGAGAAAAUCGUGUGCCUGGCUCGAGUAUUUGAACCUUUUACUGGCCUGAAUCCUGUGCAGUAUAAUCCAUAUACUGAGCCUUUGUGGAAAGCUGCAGUGUCUCAAUAUGAAAAAAUUAUUGCACCUGCAGAACAAAAAAUAGCAGGAAAAUUGAAAAAUUAUUUUUCAGAAAUUCAAGACAGUCCACAGCAGCUUCUUCAAGCAUUUCUGAAAUAUAAAGAGUUGGUGAAGCGUCCAACUAUAAGCAAAGAAUUGAUGUUAGAACGAGAAACUUUACUGGCAAGACUUGUGGAUUCAGUUAAAGAUUUUCGAUUAGACUUUGAGAAUCGGUGCCGAGGAAUUCCUGGUGAUGCAUCUGGACCACUUUCUGGCAAAAAUCUUUCAGAAGUUGUCAAUAAUAUAGUUUGGGUUCGUCAGUUGGAGUUGAAGGUAGACGACACUAUCAAGAUUGCAGAGGCUCUUUUAUCUGACUUGUCAGGAUUUCGAUCUUUCCACCGAAGUGCUGAAGAUCUCUUAGACCAAUUUAAACUCUAUGAACAAGAACAGUUUGAUGAUUGGUCCAGGGAUAUUCAGUCAGGUUUGUCUGAUUCCAGAUCUGGUUUGUGUAUUGAGGCUAAUAGUCGAAUUAUGGAAUUAGAUCCUAUUGAUGGCUCCUUAAAAGUACAUUAUUCAGAUCGUUUGGUGAUUCUUCUGAGAGAAGUUCGUCAGCUUUCUGCACUUGGCUUUGUUAUUCCAACCAAAAUACAACAAGUUGCAAACAUUGCACAGAAAUUCUGCAAGCAAGCAAUUAUUCUCAAACAAGUGGCACAUUUUUAUAAUUCUAUUGAUCAGCAAAUGAUUCAAAGUCAGAGGCCAAUGAUGUUACAAUCUGCGUUAGCAUUUGAACAGAUAAUUAAGAAUUCAAAAGCAGGAAGUGGAGGAAAAUCACAAAUUACUUGGGAUAAUCCUAAAGAAUUAGAAGGCUACAUCCAAAUACUCCAAAAUGCUGCUGAACGACUUGCCACUGAAAAUAGAAAACUAAGAAAAUGGCACACUACAUUUUGUGAAAAGGUGGUUGCUCUUAUGAAUAUUGAUCUACUUCGGCAGCAACAGCGCUGGAAAGAUGGAUUACAAGAACUGAGGACUGGCUUAGCAAGUGUGGAAGCACAGGGGUUCCAAGCAAGGGACAUGUGUGCAUGGAAACAGCACUGGAAUCACCAACUGUACAAAGCUCUGGAGCAUCAGUAUCAGAUGGGCUUAGAAGCACUUAACGAGAAUCUGCCAGAAAUCAACAUAGACUUAACUUACAAACAGGGACGAUUACAAUUCAGGCCCCCUUUCGAAGAAAUCCGGGCUAAAUAUUACAGAGAAAUGAAGAGAUUCAUCAGCAUUCCCAAUCAGUUUAAGGGCGUGGGUGAGGCAGGAGACGAAUCUGUUUUUUCUGUUAUGAUUGAUAGAAAUGCAAGUGGAUUUCUGACUAUUUUCAGCAAAGCAGAAGAUCUGUUUAGAAGAUUAUCAGCUGUUUUGAAUCAACAUAAGGAAUGGAUUGUAAUCGGGCAAGUUGAUAUGGAAGCUCUGGUGGAAAAACAUCUUUUUACUGUAUAUGAUUGGGAGAAAAAUUUUAAAGCAUUGAAAAUAAAAGGGAAAGAAGUAGAACGACUUCCAAGUGCUGUCAAGGUGGAUUGUUUAAAUAUUAAUUGCAGCCCUGUAAAGACUGUGAUUGAUGAUCUCAUCCAAAAGUUAUUUGAUCUGCUUGUUCUUUCUUUGAAGAAGUCUAUCCAGGCUCAUUUACAUGAAAUCGAUACAUUUGUCACUGAGGCUAUGGAAGUCUUAACAAUUUUGCCCCAGUCUGUGGAAGAAAUAGGUGAUGCAAAUUUACAAUAUAGUAAGCUACAGGAACGGAAGCCAGAGAUUUUGCCCUUAUUUCAAGAAGCUGAAGAUAAAAACAGACUUUUACGAACUGUGGCUGGUGGAGGUUUAGAAACAAUUAGUAACCUGAAAGCUAAGUGGGAUAAGUUUGAGUUGAUGAUGGAAAGUCACCAGCUUAUGAUUAAGGAGCAGAUGGAAGUGAUGAAAGGAAAUGUGAAGUCACGUCUUCAGAUCUAUUAUCAAGAACUGGAAAAAUUUAAAGCUCGUUGGGACCAGCUAAAGCCUGGUGAUGAUAUUAUUGAAACUGGCCAACAUAAUACUCUUGAUAAAAGUGCGAAGUUAAUAAAAGAGAAAAAAAUUGAGUUUGAUGAUCUUGAAGUCAUAAGAAAAAAGCUGAUUGAUGAUUGCCAUCAUUUUGGAUUAGAGGAGCCUAACUUCUCUCUGGCUUACAGUACCUCUAAAGACAUUGAGAGCUGUGCACAAACUUGGGCCCUUUAUGAAGAGUUUCAGCAAGGAUUUCAGGAAAUGGCCAAUGAGGACUGGAUUACUUUUCGGACUAAGACAUAUCUGUUUGAGGAAUUUUUGAUGAAUUGGCAUGACAAAUUAAGGAAUAUGGAAGAACAUUCAGGGAUGACAGUGAAAUUACAAUCAGAAGUUGACAAAUAUCAGAUUGUAAUUCCUAUCUUGAAAUAUGUGAGAGGGGAGCAUCUGUCUCCAGAUCACUGGCUUGACCUUUUUCGUCUACUUGGCCUUCCGAGGGGGACUAGUCUAGAGAAAUUACUGUUUGGUGAUUUGCUCAGAGUUGCUGACACAAUUGUAGCCAAAGCUGCAGACCUUAAAGAUUUAAAUAGUCGGGCACAAGGUGAAGUUACAAUCAGAGAAGCUUUACGUGAACUUGAUCUUUGGGGAGUUGGAGCAGUGUUUACAUUGACUGAUUAUGAAGACAGCCAAAGUCGAACUAUCAAGCUGAUUAAAGACUGGAAAGAUACAGUAAAUCAGGUUGGAGAUAACCGAUGCCUUCUUCAGUCCUUAAAGGAUUCUCCUUAUUAUAAGGGAUUUGAAGAUAAAGUGUCAGUUUGGGAAAAAAAACUUGCAACAUUAGAUGAGUACCUGCAGAAUUUAAAUCAUAUUCAGAGAAAAUGGGUAUAUUUGGAACCCAUUUUUGGCCGAGGGGCAUUGCCAAAAGAACAGACACGCUUCAACAGAGUUGAUGAAGAUUUUAGAUCUAUAAUGUCCGACAUCAAGAAGGACAACAGAGUCACAACAUUAACUACUCAUGCAGGAAUCAGAAAUUCUCUACUAACGAUUCUUGAUCAGCUUCAGAGAUGUCAGAAAUCAUUAAAUGAAUUUUUGGAGGAAAAACGGUCAGCAUUCCCAAGAUUUUAUUUCAUUGGUGAUGAUGAUUUAUUAGAAAUAUUGGGCCAGUCUACCAACCCAUCAGUGAUUCAGUCUCAUCUUAAGAAGCUAUUUGCUGGUAUUAACAGUGUAUGCUUUGAUGAAGAAUCAAAACAUAUAACAGCAAUGAAGUCUUUAGAGGGAGAAGUUGUACCUUUUAAAAAUAAAGUUCUUCUAUCAAAUAAUGUAGAAGCUUGGUUGAAUGAUUUGGCCUUGGAAAUGAAGCAAACUUUGGAACAGUUGUUGAAGGAAUGCGUUACUACCGGGCAAAGUUCUCAAGGUGCAGUCGACCCAUCUUUGUUCCCUUCACAGAUAUUAUGCUUGGCGGAGCAGAUUAAAUUCACUGAAGAUGUGGAAAAUGCAAUCAAAGAUCAUAGUCUUCAUCAGAUUGAAACACAACUUGUGAAUAAGUUAGAGCACUAUACUAACAUCGAUACUGGUUCUGAGGAUCCAGGGAAUACUGAAUCGGGCAUCCUGGAGCUUAAACUUAAAGCACUCAUUCUUGACAUUAUUCAUAAUAUUGAUGUGGUGAAGCAGUUAAACCAAGUUCAAAUUCAUAGUACUGAAGACUGGGCCUGGAAAAAGCAGCUUAGAUUUUAUAUGAAAAGUGAUUACACAUGCUAUAUUCAAAUGGUGGAUUCUGAACUUCAGUAUACUUAUGAAUAUCAGGGUAAUGCUCCCAAGUUGGUUUAUACGCCGUUGACAGACAAAUGCUACCUAACUCUCACGCAAGCCAUGAAGAUGGGACUUGGAGGAAACCCUUAUGGACCAGCUGGAACUGGAAAAACUGAAUCAGUAAAGGCUUUAGGUGGACUUCUUGGAAGACAAGUUUUAGUUUUUAAUUGUGAUGAGGGCAUUGAUGUGAAGUCAAUGGGGCGGAUAUUUGUCGGUUUGGUGAAGUGUGGAGCCUGGGGUUGUUUUGAUGAGUUCAAUAGGCUGGAGGAGUCUGUGCUGUCAGCGGUCUCUACGCAGAUCCAGACAAUUCAGGAUGCCUUGAAGAAUCACAGGAGUGUGUGUGAACUGCUUGGCAAGGAGGUAGAAAUAAAUUCUAACUCUGGAAUUUUUAUCACUAUGAAUCCUGCUGGAAAAGGUUAUGGAGGAAGACAAAAACUGCCUGACAAUCUUAAACAGCUUUUCAGACCAGUAGCUAUGUCUCGUCCAGACAAUGAGCUUAUUGCAGAAGUUAUUCUCUACUCAGAAGGCUUUAAAGAUGCAAAAGUACUAGGCAGAAAAUUGGUAGCUAUUUUCAAUCUAUCUAGGGAGCUUUUGACACCUCAGCAACAUUAUGAUUGGGGUUUGAGAGCUUUGAAGACAGUUCUAAGAGGAAGUGGAAAUCUUCUUAGACAGCUGAAGAAGCUGAAGAAAAAUGGCACUAAACAGAAUGCUAAUGAGAGUCAUAUUGUGGUCCAAGCAUUGAGGCUUAAUACAAUGUCAAAGCUUACAUUUGCUGAUUGCACCCGGUUUGAUGCAUUGAUUAAAGAUGUCUUUCCUGGAAUUGACUUUAAAGAAGUUGAAUAUGAUGAACUAAGUGCUGCAUUAAAGCAGGCCUUUGAAGAGGCCAAUUAUGAAAUCAUACCAAAUCAGAUCAAAAAGGCUUUAGAAUUGUAUGAACAGUUAUGCCAGAGGAUGGGAGUUGUUAUUGUUGGUCCAAGUGGUGCUGGCAAGUCGACUCUUUGGAGAAUGUUAAGGGCAGCACUUUAUAAAAUUGGCAAAGUAGUGAAGCAAUAUACUAUGAAUCCCAAAGCUAUGCCUAGAUAUCAAUUAUUAGGCCAUAUUGACAUGGACACAAGAGAAUGGUCUGACGGCGUUUUGACGAAUAGUGCUCGCCAAGUGGUUCGGGAACCUCAAGAUGUCAGCUCAUGGAUAAUCUGUGAUGGUGAUAUUGACCCCGAAUGGAUAGAAUCCCUGAAUUCUGUUCUGGAUGAUAAUCGACUGCUCACUAUGCCCAGUGGAGAAAGGAUUCAGUUUGGCCCAAAUGUGAACUUUUUAUUUGAAACGCAUGAUUUAAGUUGCGCCUCACCAGCCACAAUAUCUAGAAUGGGAAUGAUUUUUCUUAGUGAUGAAGAGACAGAUCUUAAUUCUCUGAUAAAAUCUUGGUUGAGGAAUCAGCCUGCUAAAUACAGGAGUAAUCUUGAAAAUUGGAUUGGAGAUUAUUUUGAAAAGGCAUUACAGUGGGUUCUAAAGCAGAAUGACUAUGUGGUAGAAACAAGUUUGGUUGGGACUGUGAUGAAUGGUUUGUCACAUCUACAUGGAUGCAAAGAUCAUGACCAAUUUAUCAUUAGUCUCAUAAGGGGACUUAGUGGAAAUCUAAACAUGAAAUCACGUUUGGAAUUCACCAAAGAGGUGUUUAACUGGGCACGAGAAUCUCCUCCAGACCCUCACAAACCAGUGGACACCUAUUAUGACUCUGUAAGGGGACGAUUAGCAUCUUAUGUGCUGAAGAAGCCAGAGAAUUUGACUGCGGAUGAUUUCAGUAAUGGCCAAGCUCUGCCCGUCAUCCAGACUCCUGACAUGCAGCGAGGUCUGGAUUACUUCAAACCCUGGUUGAGUUCUGACACUCAGCAGCCCUUUAUUCUUGUAGGACCAGAAGGAUGUGGCAAAGGAAUGCUGCUCAGGUAUGCCUUUUCCCAGCUCCGGUCCACUCAGAUUGCUACAGUUCAUUGUAGUGCGCAGACGACUUCUCGGCAUCUCCUGCAGAAACUCAGCCAGACUUGCAUGGUAAUCAGCACUAACACGGGCCGCGUGUACAGGCCCAAAGAUUGUGAGAGGCUUGUUCUGUACUUAAAAGAUAUCAACCUGCCCAAGCUUGAUAAGUGGGGGACCAGUACUUUGGUGGCUUUCCUACAACAGGUGCUGACUUAUCAAGGAUUUUAUGAUGAAAAUCUGGAAUGGGUUGGCCUAGAAAACAUUCAGAUUGUGGCUUCUAUGUCUGCUGGAGGAAGACUGGGAAGGCACAAGCUUACGACCAGAUUUACUUCUGUUGUUCGUCUUUGUGCUGUAGAUUACCCAGAGAGAGAGCAAUUGCAGACAAUUUAUGGAUCAUAUUUGGAACCAGUUCUACACAAAAAUCUGAAGAAUCAUUCUGUUUGGGGUUCUUCAUCAAAAAUUUAUCUCUUAGCUGGAUCUAUGGUACAAGUAUAUGAACAGGUGCGGGUCAAAUUUUCAGUUGAUGAUUAUAGUCACUAUUUUUUUACUCCCUGCAUUCUUACCCAGUGGGUUCUUGGCUUAUUUAGAUACGAUUUAGAAGGAGGAUCGUCAAACCAUCCACUAGAUUAUGUGUUGGAAAUUGUAGCAUAUGAAGCACGGCGCUUAUUUCGUGACAAAAUUGUUGGUGCAAAGGAUCUUCAUUUAUUUGAUAGCAUUUUGAUGUCAGUGCUUCAAGGAGAUUGGGGCUCGGAUAUACUAGACAAUAUGGCAGAUAGCUUCUAUGUGACAUGGGGAGCCCAGCAUAAUUCAGGAGCAAGGGCAGCCCCAGGACAACCAUUACCUCCACAUGGGAAACCUCUUGGAAAACUAAGCUCUGCAGAUCUCAAGGAUAUUAUUAAAAAGGGUCUUAUUCAUUAUGGACGAGAUAACCAGGAUUUAGAUAUUUUGCUUUUCCAAGAAGUUCUGGAGUAUAUAUCUAGGAUAGAUAGAGCGCUGAGUUUCCCUGGAGGGUCACUUCUGUUAGCGGGACGGAGUGGUGUGGGCCGGCGGACUGUCACCUCUUUAGUCAGUCAUAUGCAUGGAGCGGUGCUGUUUUCUCCAAAGAUUUCCAGAGGAUACGAACUGAAGCAGUUCAAAAAUGAUCUCAAACACGUGCUGCACCUUGCAGGGAUUGAAGCCCAGCAGGUGGUCUUACUUCUUGAGGACCACCAGUUUGUGCACCCUGCGUUUUUGGAGAUGAUCAACAGCCUUUUGUCCUCAGGUGAAGUUCCUGGACUCUAUACUCUUGAAGAAUUAGAGCCCUUGCUGUUGCCUCUUAAAGAUCAAGCUUCACAGGAUGGUUUCUGUGGGCCCAUCUUCAAUUACUUCACUUAUAGAAUUCAACAAAACCUGCAUAUUGUCUUGAUAAUGGAUUCUGCAAAUUUAAACUUUACAAUUAACUGUGAGAGUAAUCCAGCUUUGCAUAAGAAAUGCCAAGUGUUGUGGAUGGAGGGUUGGUCAGAUAGCAGUAUGAAGAAAAUUCCUGAAAUGUUAUUCAGUGAAAUGGGAGGUGAAGAAAAUUAUAAUGACAAGAAAAAGAAAGAAGAAAAUAAAAGAAAUUCAGUUGAUCCUGAUUUUCUAAAAUCAUUUUUGUUAAUCCAUGAGUCUUGUAAAGCAUAUGGUGCAACACCAAGCCGAUAUAUGACCUUUCUACAUGUGUAUUCCACCAUUAGUAGCAGCAAGAAAAAGGAAUUAUUAAAAAAACAAAGCCAUUUGCAGGCUGGUGUAUCCAAACUAAAUGAAGCUAAAGCUCUCGUGGAUGAGUUGAACAGAAAAGCUGCGGAACAAAGUGUCUUACUUAAAACCAAGCAAGGUGAAGCAGAUGCUGCCCUUCAAGAGAUCACAGUAUCAAUGCAGGAUGCUAGUGAGCAAAAAACAGAACUUGAAAGACUGAAGCACAAAAUAGCAGAAGAAGUUGUUAAAAUUGAAGAAAGAAAAAAUAAAAUUGAUGAUGAAUUAAAAGAAGUACAGCCUUUAGUCAAUGAAGCAAAACUAGCCGUUGGAAACAUUAAACCAGAGUCUCUUUCAGAAAUUCGCUCACUACGCAUGCCACCUGAUAUAAUCAGAGACAUUCUGGAAGGAGUUUUAAGGUUGAUGGGUAUCUUUGAUACAUCUUGGGUGAGCAUGAAAAGUUUCCUUGCAAAAAGGGGUGUAAGAGAAGACAUAGCAACCUUUGAUGCACGAAAUAUUCCAAAGGAAAUAAGGGAGAGUGUUGAAGAACUUCUUUUUAAAAAUAAAGCAUCUUUUGAUCCAAAGAAUGCCAAGCGUGCCAGUAUUGCAGCUGCACCUUUGGCCGCUUGGGUUAAAGCCAAUGUCCAGUAUUCCCAUGUCUUGGAACGAAUUCAGCCUCUGGAAACUGAACAAGCAGGCUUAGAAUCGAAUUUGAAAAAAACUGAAGACAGAAAAAGGAAACUAGAGGAGCUUCUUAAUUCUGUUGGUCAAAGGGUAUCAGAACUCAAAGAAAAAUUCCAGAGCAGGACUUCAGAAGCUGCCAAACUUGAAGCUGAAGUCAGCAAAGCACAAGAAACAAUCAAAGCUGCAGAAGUCUUAAUCAAUCAGCUUGAUAGGGAGCACAAGAGGUGGAAUGCACAGGUUGCAGAGAUAACAGAGGAAUUAGCAACUCUUCCUAAAAGAGCUCAACUUGCUGCUGCGUUUAUUACCUAUCUUUCUGCUGCGUCUGAGUCGCUGAGAAAGACGUGUUUGGAGGAGUGGACCAAGUCAGCUGGUCUUGAAAGAUUUGAUCUGAGGAGAUUUCUUUGUACUGAAAGUGAACAGUUAAUUUGGAAAAGUGAAGGCCUACCAUCAGAUGAUCUUUCUAUAGAAAAUGCUCUCGUUAUCUUACAGAUCAUUGGUUUGAAAUCAUGGAGUCGAGUAUGCCCAUUUCUUAUAGACCCUUCUUCCCAAGCUACAGAAUGGUUGAAAACACACUUGAAAGACUCACGUUUGGAAGUUAUUAAUCAGCAGGAUAGUAAUUUCAUUACAGCUCUUGAGUUGGCAGUUCGUUUUGGGAAAACCCUUAUUAUACAAGAGAUGGAUGGUGUAGAGCCUGUUCUGUAUCCAUUGUUGAGACGAGAUCUGGCCGCUCAAGGACCACGUUAUGUGGUACAAAUAGGUGACAAAGUUAUUGACUAUAAUGAAGAAUUCCGCCUCUUUUUGUCAACAAGAAAUCCAAAUCCCUUUAUUCCACCGGAUGCAGCUUCCAUCGUUACAGAGGUGAACUUUACUACAACAAGAAGUGGAUUACGAGGGCAGCUUUUGGCUCUAACCAUUCAGCAUGAGAAACCUGAUUUAGAGGAACAAAAGACAAAACUAUUACAACAGGAAGAAGAAAAGAAAAUACAGCUAGCCAAGCUUGAGGAAUCUCUUUUAGAGACACUUGCCACAUCUCAAGGCAAUAUUUUGGAAAAUAAGGAUCUGAUUGAAUCUUUGAAUCAGACAAAAGCAAGCAGUGCACUUAUUCAAGAGUCACUUAAAGAAUCUUACAAACUCCAAAUUUCUCUUGAUCAAGAGCGGGAUGCCUAUCUCCCCCUGGCGGAGAGUGCCAGCAAGAUGUUCUUCAUCAUCUCUGAUUUGUCCAAAAUUAAUAACAUGUAUCGGUUUAGUUUGGCUGCAUUUCUUCGACUUUUCCAACGAGCUCUACAAAACAAACAGGAUUCUGAAAAUAUGGAACAGAGAAUCCAGUCUCUUAUCAGCUCAUUAAAACAUAUGGUAUAUGAAUAUAUAUGCCAUUGUCUAUUUAAGGCUGAUCAAUUGAUGUUCGCUUUGCAUUUUGUUCGAGGCAUGCAUCCUGAACUUUUUCAAGAAAAUGAAUGGGAUACAUUUACAGGCGUGGUUGUUGGAGACAUGCUGCGGAAAGCUGACUCACAACAAAGAAUACGUGAUCAACUUCCAUCUUGGAUAGACCAGGAAAGAAGCUGGGCCGUGGCAACACUGAAGAUUGCUCUCCCUAGUCUAUAUCAGACCCUCUGCUUUGAAGAUGUAGCUCUGUGGCGUACUUAUUAUCAUAACUCCGUGUGUGAGCAAGAGUUUCCAUCUGUUCUUGCAAAGAAAGUUUCCUUAUUUCAGCAGGUUCUUGUAGUACAGGCUCUAAGACCGGACAGAUUGCAAAGUGCCAUGGCCCUUUUUGCAUGUAAAACUCUGGGACUGAGAGAGUUGUCACCACUUCCUUUAAAUCUCAAACGUUUAUACAAAGAGACCCUAGAAAUUGAACCUGUCUUGAUAAUCAUUUCUCCGGGUGCUGAUCCUUCUCAGGAACUUCAAGAACUUGCUAAUGCUGAGAGAAGCGGGGAGUGUUAUCACCAGGUUGCCAUGGGUCAAGGUCAAACUGAUUUAGCAAUUCAAAUGCUAAAAGAAUGUGCCCGCAAUGGAGACUGGCUCUGUUUGAAGAACUUACAUCUUGUAGUAUCUUGGCUGCCAGUUCUGGAAAAGGAAUUGAAUGCUCUUCAGCCUAAAGACACCUUUCGUCUUUGGCUCACUGCAGAAGUUCAUCCCAACUUUACUCCUAUUUUACUUCAGUCAAGUUUGAAAAUCACUUAUGAGUCACCUCCAGGUUUGAAGAAGAAUUUAAUGCGUACUUACGAGUCUUGGACUCCUGAGCAAAUUAGCAAAAAAGAUAACAUACAUCGUGCUCAUUCUCUCUUCAGUUUUGCAUGGUUUCAUGCUGUAUGUCAAGAAAGAAGAAAUUAUAUUCCACAGGGUUGGACAAAGUUUUAUGAGUUUUCGUCAUCAGACCUUCGGGCUGGGUACAACAUUAUUGACAGACUGUUUGAUGGUACCAAAGAUGUACAGUGGGAAUUUGUAAAUGGUUUACUUGAAAAUGCUAUCUAUGGAGGACGUAUAGAUAACUAUUUUGACCUUAGAGUUCUUCAGUCAUACCUGAAACAGUUUUUUAGUUCUUCAACUAUUGAUGUAUUAAGCCAGAGGAACAAGAAAAGCAUUUUCCCAUAUUCCAUAUCUCUACCAAAAUCCUGCAGCAUUUUGGACUAUCGUGCUGUCAUUGAAAAACUUCCAGAGGAUGACAAGCCGAGUUUUUUUGGUCUGCCUGCCAAUAUUGCGCGCUCAUCUCAGCGCAUGAUCAGUUCUCAG